AUGGUGUUGAAAAAGUGUACCAUUUGUGAUCGCCGGUUCAAGAAGACGGAGCAUUUCAAGCGCCAUGAACGGUCGCAUACGAACGAACGCCCGUACGAGUGCAAUGUUUGCCAUAAACGGUUCUCACGGAGUGAUGUCCUGAGUCGCCAUGCCAAAGGGCAUAAUCCCCAGAACGCGAACGGACCGGGAAGGAAACCCUCCGCAGCCUCUGACCGCCGCCCUUCAACCAUCACUGGAACCUCGCCCACCAUCGCCCUCGAUGAUAAUAGCCAGCAGCUACCUCAUAGCACAUCCACGAAAGGCGCAAACCAGUUCGCGAAUGCACCAGUUACACCCCAAGAACUACCUCCUCUAUCAGCGGCCACAGCCAUCCCGCCUUCGUCCUUAGACUUCCUCGCAGAUAUCUCGGCCCAUCAACAUGCGCGAACCGAACCAGAUGCCAAUCCAAUGAUGGUGGAUAACAGACAAGCCUAUAUGUCGUGGAAUGGGGUAACACCGGAGCAUUCUCACAAUGAAGCUAUGUUUGGCACCAUACCCAAUGAUAUCAUGCAGCUGUGGCUGGAACCACGUGGGGAUGCAAGUUCCCAGCAUGGAUCGUUGGAUCUGAUGCGGGAUUCGAAUCCUGGUCUGGCUGAGAAUAACUUCUCCGUAUAUCCGGACCGUCAAUAUAGACCCUCCGCUGACAGCGUCAAUUCCGAAAACAUCCCCAAUGAGCGCUUUGCCAAAGUACAGCGCUUCUGGCUUGCGCCAUCCAAUGCUGGGCGACGGCCGAUGAACAACUUAUGGGGAGAUGUAGCUUGCAGUGACUUGGCAAAUAUAUUCGCAGUGCCUACUGUUGAUCUACUCGACAAUCAUUCAGAUCGACUGCAGGGCUCGCGGUAUGGGUUAGAUGAGCAAUGCAAGCAACGUCUUCAAGCAACAUUUGGCCAAUUGCCUUCCCAAUCUCAGCAGAACAACCCUAUCUCACCGACAUCUUUGGAUUCUACUAUACGCACUAUGCCAUACUUUCCUCCCGCGGAAAUCUUGGAUAUGGCGCUCGAUCUUUACUUCCGCAACUUCCAUCCGCUCAUGCCUUUUGUUCAUAUCCCUACUUUUUCAGCGAAAAAUACACGACUUCCGUUACUUUAUGUGAUGUGCUUCAUUGGCAUGAUUAUGCUGGGCACAAGAGGAACUACAAAUUUUGUGAUCAAGAACUUCCCAUUUGUCCUCAAUAGAGUAAUGGCGGAAUUGGGAAGAUGCUCUAGUGGAUUUGAGAACCUAUUAGAGACGAUAUCGACAUAUGCAACUGUUCUUCUUUUCCUUAACCUUGCCGCAAUGACCGGAGAAAAGGAACACCUCGAACAAUGCCAGAUGUUAUACGUCAAUCUACUCUCUACAGCACAGAGAGAUGGGCUUUUUGCAGCGACCGAGGGCCAAAUCUUGGACAUGAGUCUGUUUGAGUCGAUCGUUGACACAGAUACCCGGUGGAAAGCUUGGAGUAGAGUGGAAUCCGCGAAGAGGUUGAUCACUGGGCUGUUGACUCUGGACUCUUGGUAUUCUUCGUUCUUGAAUACGAGUCCCAUUAUCGUCCCAGACUCAAUUCAGUUCAUUCUCCCAUGCGAUGAAGCGCUCUUCCAGGCAUACGACUCGACGCGCUGGAAUCAGCUAGUUCAAAGUGGGAAACGGAUGUUGGCACCGACAGUGAUGGCCCCAUCAGAGGUGAUUAAUAUUCCGACAUUUGACAGCCCUAUUGAAGAUUUUAGCAUGCAUGGUAUACUGGCCACAAUCCAAUUACGGCUUUCAGGCGCCUAUCAUCGUCUGCUAUCCAACCGGGCAAACUAUCCAUUUGCACCCUGCCACACAUACGCAAUGGACGGUCGAGCCAGGUGCUUGCCCUCCCUGCAGCUUCAAGUAGUAAGCAAAUACGGCGAAAUACUGGAGCGGCUAAACCCCAAUGCCGCCAUCAUGUGGCACAACAUGUGCAUGAUGCUUACUGCAGAUAUUCAAAUCUUCCACGUGGCCGCAGGACGUGCAGGUCCAGGGCCAGCCCGCCAAGCGCUCGACGAUAUCGCCGCUUGGUCGCAGACACCAGCAGCCCGGAGAGCAUGCCUACACGCAGCACAUAUCUAUAAAGCGAUGAUCAAUCGCAAAGCAUCAGAUCACACGACAUUCCAUACCGUCUUCUCCCUUUUCUCAGCGGCCCUUGUGCUGGGCUUAUACACAUUCAUGGUACCCAGUCCUAGCGAAUCAUCACAAGUAGGAACUGCCUCAAUCGAGCUACUAGACGACGUCGACUGGCAGAAAGUGGGGACGGAAGGGUUUACAAGCUUCAUGGAGCCGCGAGGCAGUUCGGCUCUCUCAGCCACCGAUGACGCAGCUGUCAGCUUUAUCCGGAACGGGGGUACAGUGUACCUUCGCGGGAUACCGUUCCAAGGCGGGUACCAGUCUGCUCGACGCAUUUUGCUGGAUUAUGCUGGCCUUUUGAAAGAUACGGGGAAGUGGAGCGUGCGCAAGUUUUCGUAUGUGCUUCAUAUCAUGAGUGAUGUUCUUAUGGACGUGGAAUGA